AUGGGCCCCUGUACCGCCUCCUCAUGCUGCUGCCAGGCCCGUAAUCUGCCAUGGGCCCCCCGUACCGCCUCCUCAUGCUGCUGCCAGGUCCAGUGUAGUGUCUCAUGGGUCCCUGUACGGCCUCCCAUUGCUGCUGUCUCCAUCGCCACACUCUGCCAUGUGCCACUUUCAGGUCUCCUCACACUGCUGGUGGGUUUCCAUUUUGUCAUAGUGGUGCUGGCAGAUUACGGGCCUCCCAUUGCUGCUGCCAGGCCGUAAUCUGCCAUGGGCCCCCGUACCGCCUCCUCAUGCUGCUGCCAGGUCCUCAGUGUGUCAUGGGUCCCUGUACGGCCUCCCAUUGCUGCUGUCCUCAUCGCCACACUCUGCCAUGUGCCACUUUCAGGUCUCCUCACACUGCUGGUGGGUUCCAUUUUGUCAUAGGGUGCUGUAUGGCCUCCCAUUGCUGCUGCCUCCACCGC